CAUCAUUAACCCAAGUUUCUUGUCAUUAGAAUUAAAUUAGAAAAUAGCAACAGUGAAACCGAAAAUACAAGCUCCUCUUCACCUUUACCAGUAACACCUGUUUUACCUGACGAUAACAACGAUAUCGAUAUCGCUCAUACUAGUGCAGUGGACAGUCUGCAUGAUAUCAGCGAUACCAACAUUGACCUUGUCAACAGCACUAACAGUCCGAGUCUUUUAGCAGUAGAUUCUCCCUCAGCGUCCAAGUCAUCACAACAGCCUUUACAGCAAUCAAAUAUGAAAACGCAAGCAGCCUUUAAUGCUUGAAGAUCCUGAAACUUCUGAUCUGAUUUCUUGGUCAGCCAACGGUGAUCUUUUUAGUGUCUCCAAUCCGACUGCUUUUUCAAAGACUGUAUUACCUCAAUAUUUCAAGCAUAAUAACUGGCAAAGUUUUGUCAGACAAUUAAACAUGUAUGGUUUUCAUAAAGUGAAUGAUUUGAUUCACUCUAACUUGACGAAUGAAAAUCAAACUUGGGAAUUCAAGCAUCCUAAUUUCCGCCGCGGUGCUGUGGGUGAUUUACAACAUAUUAAACGUAAAAGUGCGCGAUCACAACAACUACAACAAUUACAACAGCAACAAGCGGCUGCGGCUGCUCAAGCGCAACAAAAUGCGCAACAACAAGCCGUCGAACAAGCCGCCGCACAGCAAGCCGUCGCUCAACAACAGGCAGUACAGCAACAGGCGGCUGCACAGGAAUCACAACAGCAACAACUCAACAUCAUACAACAACAGCAACAGCAACAGCAUUAUCAUACGAAUACCGUCAUUAAGCAUAUUUUGCGAAUCGAGGAUCAUUUAAUGGGCGUUUCAAAGACGUGCGAGCAACUGUUUAAUGAAAUUGUGCAUUUGCGAAUGGUGGUUUCCAAACAGCAAGAUGCCAUGCAAGAUUUAGUGGAUGUUGUCUCAUCGUCAGCGAAUUCAAAUAAUUGUGGAUGUUACAAUAAUCAAAAUAACUCUCAAAAUAGUGUCAACAAUCAAGAAUUACGAAAUGCUGAUAAUCUACGGAUACAAAUUUUUAAAUUGAAAGAAAAUCAGAUUAAUAACUACAAUAGCAACAGUAACAGUAACAACAAUAAUAGCAAUAGUAGUAGCAGCAGCAGUAAUAGCAAUAAUAGCAGACAACUUUAUCGAGAUUUUAACGAUGGUAGCAAUAAUAGUUAUUAUACAAGUCAGCAACAACAACAACAGCAACAACAAAAACAACAACAAAAACAACAGCAGCAGCAGCAGUCAUCAUCUUCUUCAUUUAAUUCAAGAAUAUCCUCAUACAAUAGUAACGAUACCAUAAAUAACGAUAAUAAUGACACGAAUACAAACAAUAGCGAUCAUCAACAUUCACUACAUCCGAGUCAAAAAUUGCCGUCUUUCGACUCAAUACAACAGCAGCAGCAACAACAACAACAACAACAACAACAAGAACAAGAACAACAACAGCAGCAGCAGCAGCAGCAGCAACAACAGCCUUAUUAUUAUGAUAGAGUCAGCAGUUACUCACCCUCGAUAGCCUCUUCUACCUCCACAACAACCAACAAUCGUAAAAGUACCAGCAGUAGCACCAACGACCGUGGCUAUCGAGAAUUUGCUACCAGUACAAGUAGUAGUGUCGAAAUCAGUGAUCCAUCUCUGUCUGACAGAAAGCUCUCCGUCGCCUCUUCUGUCUCCACAGCCAUUUCCGGAUGUCAAUCAAGAAACAGCUCGAGUGAGUAUUCUGAAGAGGAUAAAGCGCGUAAUUCAAAAAUGGGAUUUGGGAAACAAUCUCAUAUCUUAAAUCCUAUUGAUGGUCUUUAAAAAAAAAAAAAUAGCAUUGAACACAGCACUUUGAAUUGCGAAAUUCUAAAAAAAGUCAAAAUUGUACAGGCUGAUUUUACAAACUUCCUAUUUUUUUUUAUACAACGGACAUCAAUAAAGACAACGAUGCAAAUAGAAAGUCAAAAAGGUUGUCCCUUUUCACUUGGUUUUCUUGACGACAUUUGUGAACGUACCACCAACAAGGUCUGUCAUCGCAGCAAAAGCGAAUGAGGGGCGAAACUUGUUGACUCUAUACUUAAAGUCACUUUGUAAGGGCUAAAGAUCUUCUUAC